UCCGUCAGGCUAUUGGACCACUUUGAUUUUCUAGACCCUCGCCCUUGUCCUGCCUUGUCUACAUCAAGCCAACCAGCCAUCAUCAGAUCGAUACUUUUCAUCUGCAUUGUCAUCAAUCUUUUCUUUCUUUCCAUCUCCCAUCUAUGCUGGUCUUGCCGCAUAUUGCUGCGCAUUCGUUUGCACUGUCGCACGGGUCUCGGGCAUCAGGCUUCGACGUUAUCGCAUUUUUCUCUUAGCUAGUAUUGCUCGACCUUCUUAUCGUUAACAAUCAUGCCUAGAGACGACUUGUCUAUCGACUUCGUCAAGAGGAUGCCUCAAGCCGAAGCCCUCGACCCUGGCUUGAUCCUCGACGACUGGAUUAACCGCGUCCAAAACCUCCCCGAAGAGAUCCGCUUCAUACAAGAAGAGGUCGCCGAUAAAGAUCGUCAAUACUCCGAGUGCUUACGUACGAUCGAGGACCGGGACGGGAAGAUACAGAAAUGGAUCAAGACAAACGGAAGCCAUGAGCCAAACCCUAAGGAAGACCUUCUUCGAAAACAAGUCCGCGACAGUUUUGCGCAAGCCGACCAACUAUCGAAAGAAAAGAUCGAAUUGUGCCAGAAGAUGCAGAUCAUAGUAGACAAGCAUCUCAAAAACCUGGACAGCCAAAUCAAGUUGCUUUACGACCGAGCCGAACCUGGCUUUACCGAUCCUGACGAAGUCCCCUCAUUACUUCGACCGAGCGCUGCAAAUCAUACUGCCCCUUCGAUCCGGGCCAUAAACCCAGCAAGUCAUAUGACCACUGCGGCUGGUCCCUCGACUCCUCUUGCCGCUGCACAAACCUCUUCAAAUCCCGCACUUGCUCGACUUCCCAACCACCCUAAUGUUCGUCACGCACAGUCUCAGCAGCACGCAGCGUCUGCUCCGGCAACACCCGCAGCCAGCAUGAUUCUGAAUCGACAAAGAGAAGGUUCUGCAGGACCCGCGACAAAGCGCGUCGCUCGGGUGAACCCUGCUUUGGGGACUAUACCAACUACAUCAAGCGGUUUGGCAAGACACUCAUCACUUGGACCCGGCACCCCUAAGGGCGGUGCCAUCGGAGGGUCUGGUCUUGCGAGGGCAGGUAGUGCAGGCCCAAGAACCGGGUCUGUGAAGUCAACAGGAACAAUGAGCGGUCGUCGAGGUACGCCUACGGGUGGAAUACGGAAGAAGCCUACCAACAAGUCGAAUCUUUCGCGUGUUAAGAAAGCCUCAAAUCGAAACUCGCCUGCGCCAACGAAUGAUAGUGAACUUUCGGAUGUCGACAGUGGCAGUGGAGAGGACGAAGAUGGCGCCGACGGUCGGUCAAGAGGUACGCCCGUGGCCGAUGUUAAGGAUGUUGACGGAGAUGAUAUUAUAGGAGAAGCUGACGAUGACGACGAAGAGGGUGGCGACGACAAGAAGUAUUGCCUUUGCCAUAAUGUGAGCUACGGGGACAUGGUCGCGUGCGACAACGACAAUUGUCCGUAUGAGUGGUUUCACUGGUCAUGCGUCGAUCUCAAGAGCGAGCCCAACGGGACAUGGUACUGCCCUAAGUGUAGAGAAAAGCUACAAAAGAAGGGCAAGUAGGAAGGCCCUGAAACUGGUGAGCUUUACGUACCAUAUCCCAACUGAGGUGCUCAGUACUUGUAGAUAAAAAGCAUUUGGGUUAAAAGUGGCGUUUGGGAAAGGCAUAUAAUAU